AUGCCUACCACACCUCCCUCAGCGGACAGAAAAGAAUGGAAAUGCAGCUUCGUCCUAAGAAGUAGACCCGCACUUGUUCUUGUUGCUCUCGUGAUCCUCGGAUCACUCAUUGCGGUGACUGUCACUGUCGCUAUGAGAUCAAACGAUGCGGUGACGGAUCUUCCAUCCAAGAUUCGAAAUAUUGAUUCCGACUUGAACACGGAAGUGACGAGCUCCAUAGAACGAUCAAAAGACUCUUUCGAUACCAAUUCUACGUUUACGUUGGCCACUGCGAGCCACAGCCGAGUAGAUGAUAUUAUUGACCUGGAUACGGCACGACCGCCGGUUGAAGUCGACUUGCUCGGGUUACUGGCCGAAUCUUUCAAACCAAUCGUGAAUACUACACGGUAUCCGUCGAGUUCGUCAUCCCAAAAAUACCACCAGACUGCAGCGUUGAGCGCAUCGACAACAACGGGGUCACAACAGAUGAGUUCAGCCCUCACGAGCUUGACUUCUAGUUCCGGCAAGGCUGAGGCAGGCAAACCCUGGAUGUACCAAACAUCGGAAAAAGCCCAGCAGACCAGUCAUGCAUCUAUCGACAUCAAUGGCCCUCGGAAGCGAGAGAUUAACCCAGAGUCAGACGUGGCCCUUUCCUUGCUUGAUCCUGUGUCCAAUUUAGUCGCCGAUGUUGCUGGACUGAAGACAGAGCUUUCUGCAGCAUUGACUGAUGCUAUGCUGGCUGUGCUCCCCGUUGAUCCUGAUGCAAUCACCUCUAUUGUUUCGUCAGUUGCGGAGCAGACUUCUGUUUCAGCUGAAGAGGUUAUUCCAUAUAUUCUUCCUGCGCUCUCAAGAGCAUGGGGAACUCCUGCAAAUGCUCCCACACCAAGCAGACCACCGCCGCGGAGCCUGAACGAAACCCUCAAGAGCGUGAUCGCUCAAGGAUCAAUCGUCGUCAACCAAAUCGUAACUGCCUCAGCGUUGAUUGAAGCCCCGAUAAUGGGGGACGUCUUGAACCAGGUUGCAGACAUUAUGUAUGCGGUGGCGUACUAUUUCAAGGAAGCUAUUUGCGCUGUUGGCCGAAACGACAAUGCUAUUCUUCGGCUGGAAGCUCUCAUUCCGUGCAAGUCGGCAAGCAUUGGCUCUGCGUCAGGAAACAUACUCACGCUCAACCCAUUCAACAGAACAUCUCAAGAUUCUGCUCUGGCCACGGCGAGUUGGAACAUCAUACCUUCAGCAAACCCCAGUGUCUACGACAUACUAUCUAAUGUAUUGCCUUCAGCCUAUUCACCUGCCCCGGAGCCUACAGUCAUGGAGAGCGUCUCAACUACCUGCACAAGCUCAUCGCAGCCUUCCAUUGUUGAACAAAGUGUUACCUGUGCAACGGAGACAUCAUCCAGUUCAGUUACAAUCACUGCUACUAGUGAGCCAUGUCUGACUCCGACAAUGCCUAUGACGCCAGAACCGAGUCCAAAGACAGGACCUUGUCCAGAGAGGGGGUACCACUGCAGUGACUGUUUAAAUGGAUGGUUUUGCCCUCCACAAGAGACACCUCCUCAAGCUGUACCUUGUGGCUUAGGAUGGCCGUGUUUCCACUGUACUGGUGGCUACUUUUGUUCAUCGACUGCUUCAUCUGUACCAACUUCAUGCGCCUCAGGUACUUCUGGCACGUCGACACCUCCAGAUAGCACUGAAGCAGCGAGCAUCAGCUGCUCGGCUCCAACUGCGAGCGCUGAGCACACACGAAGUUUCGGCGUUGCCGUUCCCGGCUGGAUUUAUUUGGGAUGCUUCCAAGAUGCCAUUUCACGAACGCUCGUUGGAUCGACGCCCGUGGAUUAUUUACGGGGCCAAAUGUCCAACUUGACAUGUAUCAAUCACUGCAAUGCCAGUGGCUACUCCUUUGCCGGCACUGAAUACGGCUCCGAAUGCUGGUGUGGUUCAUCUAUCCAAGACAAGGCUGUUCGCUUGCCAGAGAGUUCAUGCGAUGUGCCAUGUCAAUAUUCGGGAGACGAAUUCUGCGGUGGAUCUUGGGCGAUUUCUGUAUUCAGAUGCUCAGAAGUCGUUGAUGAAGCAGCAUCUGGUGGAGCAUCAGUGCAAUCUUCAAGCCCCUUACCGGCCGUUACCAGUCCACCACGAUAUCAACAAACCGUACCGCUAUAUGCGAUGUCACACGCAACUUCCGAGUCGUCUUUACCUGGACGUGUGAGUGAGGGCGUACAAACGUCGUCGUUAACCACACGGGGACCAGUGGCGCAACUAUUGGCAGAGGCAAGACAUUCGUAG